AUGACUGCCACCACUCACACCGAGUUCGACAAGGACACCGAAGCCCUGUCCGUAGCGACAGCGUUCCCAGAAGCAAUCAAAGGUCGAACCAUCCUCAUCACCGGUGUCAACAAGCUGGGUAUCGGGUAUACCACCGCCGAGGCUCUCGCCUCAAAAGCCCCAAAGUGUCUCAUCCUCGCCGGCCGUUCGCCUUCCAAGGUCCAAGAGUGUAUUGACAUCUUGGGUGCUCAAUACCCAAACACAGACUACCGCCUCUUGGAAGUCGACCUUAGCUCCCAAGCAUCUGUCAGGACAGCAGGGUCAAUCGUGAUGGGCUGGUCCGGUGUCCCCACGAUCGACCUCGUCAUCAACAACGCCGGAGUCAUGAACCUGCCGCAGCGCACGCUCAGCGCUGACGGGAUCGAAAUGCACUUUGCCACCAACCAUCUUGGCCAUUUCCUGCUGAGCAACCUCGUCAUGCCCAAGGUGAUCGCUGCCGCAGAAAAGGCAUCUUCUUCCGCACCAGGCUUCGUCCGCAUCAUCAACGUCAGCAGCGUCGGCACCAGGGUCUCGCCGCUGCGUGUCAGCGACGUCAACUUCACCAAGCCAGUCAAGGAGCUUCCCGAGUCCGAGAAGCCCAAUUUUGCCCUCUUAAAGGCCGCAUACCUCCCGGCCGAAGAAGACAUGGUGUACAUUCCUUUCGCGGCCUACGGACAAAGCAAGACCAGCAAUGUGUUGUUCUCUGUCGGUCUCAACGACAGGUUAUACGACAAGCAUGGUAUCCUCAGUCUCGCUCUGCAUCCGGGAGAGAUGCUGAGUGAGCUGAGCCGACACACGGACAAGGAAUGGUUGGAAAAGAUCUCAGAAUUCAGAGCGGCCCAAGGUAUUGACUUCAAAUCUCUCGAGGCAGGAGCUAGCACUACUCUCGUCGCGGCGUUAGACCCCAAGCUUAGUCGACCCGGCGCUGAUGGAAAGGGCUACUUUCUCAGUGAUUGUCGGAUCGGCAAUGUCGAGCCAUAUGCUGUGGAUGAGGGCAUUGCUCGUAAAUUAUGGGAGCUUAGUGAGGAUUUCGUUGGGGAAAGUUUUACGUGGUGA